AUGUACGCACCGCACAUACCCACUUAUGUAAUUGUAACAUUUAUUACAUGCCUCAUUAUAAAGUACACAAUAAAGGCAUUAACAGGUAUCAAUAUAACAUAUUUCAACCCGAUAAAAUGUAAAUUUGGGGUAAUUUACAAGGAUAUUGUUCAUAUUGAAGGUAUUCAAAUCAUUCCUUUGCAGAAAAAAAUUAUUGCUAGUGGUAUCAACAUUUUAAACGUCAGUGCACUACAAAAGGCUCCAAAAAAAUCAACAAAUGUUGGUAGUAAUAACAAAGAUGUGAAAGAAGAUACCAAAAUAAUACCGCCAUGGAUAAAUAAUUAUUUCGGUAUCAUUUCACGACUAUUUGACGGAUUUCAAAUUGCUUUAAAUAGAAUCGAUGUGAGAGAAUUCAACGUCAAAAUCCUAGCAAUUGUUUUUGUUCUUGGUUUAGAUAAUAAAUUGAAUCAAAUCUCUUCCUAUCUUUUAUUAAAGAAAAUUUCAUGGAACGACGAUAUUUUAUUGUCUGAUUCAUUACUAUCUACAAAGGCGAAUAUAGCUUUUGACACUGCCAUCCCUUUAUAUGAAAUCUCAACUGACUUUAAAUUCGGUAAAGUAGAAUUACCAAUGGAAACUAUAUACAAUAUUCAAAGACAAUCCCAUAAGGAAAUAGUUAAGAGAGAAGGCCAAAUCAAAUUAGAAGAUAUUGAGGACUGUGUUAAACAAAUUAUUAACUUUUCUAGAAAAGCUUCCAACAUACUAGAUCACAUAAAUGAACUAAACGUUACAAUGGAUAAAUUUUUAGUGAAAGAUUUUGCAAUUACAACUCAUCCCAAACUAAGAGAAAUAACACAGUAUUUGAGCUAUUAUAUUUCUUUGUCUAAUUUCACUUUUAACGCGACAAGGUUUCAAAAUGAAAUGCCCGGCUACAAACUAAUAUUUGAACCAGAUGAUAAACCUUUCAAAUUCAGUACUACUCUAUCAAGAUUGAAUAUUUGUCUAAAUAUAAUACGAAAAGAUACAAAACCUACUUUGGUUAAAUUUUUUGAAAUUCCAAAUAUAUCUCUAUUUGGUGAGAGCAACUUAUUAUCUCAGAAAUUUGUUCAUAACUAUGGUGACACAUUCGAAAAUGCAGUUUGUAAUCUGAAAGGACAUAUUUCUUCACCAACGGUUGACAUCGACGUUUUAAAUCUUUCCUUUUACAAGUCAUUCCUAAACAAUAUCAAGGUAUUCACACAGACAUUUUCCAAUGAACCGAUACGGUUUAAUUGUAGUGACAAAGCAGAUACUCCUUUCCAUAGGGCAAAACAUGUACUUAUUUCAUAUUUCAAGAGUUUUUUCCCUUCAAUUAACAUGAAGUUUAUAUUAGAAGAUCCAAAGGUUGUCCUAAUGGAUAGCGAUAAUUUAAUUAUAUGCAAAUUGUCAACUUUAAUGCUAAAUUACCAAUCUAAGAGAUCCAUAAUUUCUUCUGAUGAGAAAAAGACUGAAAUAUUAUAUGAUACGAAGACCUAUCUUGAAUUAUUGGACCUCUCAUUAAAGCAUACCGUUAGCCAUGGUGAUUACUCCAACACAAUCUUCAAGGUCGAUAGUAUUGCUCUAGAACAUGAGGCAACCCUUUCUCCAAAUCUUUUCUUUUCCCUUCAUGGUGAUCUGGAUACUCUAGAAAUUGAUUUCUCUGAAUUGCCUACUAUGGUUAUGCUGAAUAAAAUGAUGAGAAAACUAGAUUGCCAAAUACUUACUGUAGAACAGUAUUACUUCAGGCCACUAUACGAAAAAUUUGCAUCACUCAUCAAUACCUGCGAGAAUCAAUGUUCAAUUAUUAGUAAAUCACAUGAGAAUGAGCCUAUUGAACAGAUUUCACCCAGUGACUUUUUAUUUUUACCACUUCCUGAAGUGUUUGAUUACGUUAAAUUUGAUUUCAGGAACCUAAAAAUUUCACUAGGUGCAAGAUCUGUGUUUAUGCCACCUGCUGUUUUUUCUUCGACUGAAGCCCAAAGUUCUCAUGACCUUGUUGAUGGAAAACUGAGAAAAUUUAUCUGUAAAAUGGACUAUCUGGGUGUUGCAUUAUUUGGGAACUAUACUCAAUGGAAAAAUAAGAUCAGUGGCUCUCAUGCCUCCAUGGUUAGAUCCGGUCAUUCUGCCACAGAUUAUAAAAGUUACACUCAUGAAACUGGAGGAUUAGAUGAUAUUUCAACCAGUGAGUCAACUGACGUUGGUUAUCUAUGGAACUUCAAUCUACUGAUCAACGAUAUCACUUGCUGUGUGAUUGGCGAGACACCUUCUUCAAAAAAUGAAUUAACCUCAAGGACUGUUACUAAAUUCUCUGUUCUUUCAGUUAGGGUAUUCCCAGAAGUAGAAAGUUUUAGUGCUACUGACGAACAAAAGAAAGUUAUAAUUCAGAUAGAUAACAAGAGAAUCAAAAGUAUUUUCUGUUUGUUGAACUUUUUUUUAGUUAUUUCAGGAAUACAUACCAUACAUCAGAUAUUUAGUGAUGACUUGCAGGAACAAAGGCGAGAGUCAUGGGCUAAAAAAUAUCUACUUGCGAUGGCACAGUCAAAAAGGAAGUCUUGUAAUAUCCUUUGGAAUCAAUUGAAAGAUUUAAUAGAAAUCAACUUUUCAAGUGAGUUGUUCAAUCAAGUUAUGUCGCUGCCAAAUGGUUUGAAAAUCAGAUUGGAUUCCUUAACGACAUUUGCCACUAUAAAGAAUUUCAACGAUAUAACGAUAACAGGAGAAUACUUCAGAAUACUAUUAGAAUCACCAACAAAGCCUUGCACAUGGGAACGAAUGAUCGUAAUAAAAAAAUUCUCUGUCAAGGCCAAUAUCAAGGAAGUAAAAGAGCUGUCCAAUGAAAGUACUUUCGAAACUUUUCAGGGCUUACCACCUUCAAUUGUAUUAGAAAAUGAAUCAUGGCAUUUCUCAGUCCCUUACAAAUUUGAGAUACACAGAUUGAUUGAUAAUUUCUCUACUAUAAUAAAGUCGAUGAGGCAAAUGUUGUAUUCAUUUAAGACAUCCAAGAAUAAUCUAAUCAUCUUUCCACACGAGGUCAAAACUGCAACAUUUCCCAAGAUCAAAUUAAAAUCCAGAAGAUAUAUGCUAAGUAUAGCGGAUGAUCCAUUUGAAGCUAAAAUGAACAUGAUUUUUCAAAUUGGCUUGCAAGAACAAAGAUCAAGAUUGGCCAAGUUGAAUAAGUUCAAUGACGAGCUAUCAAAAAAAAUAAAUGGAAGGGCCUCUUCAGCAACAUCUAUCUCGGAAAUUUUGAAGGAGAGGAGGAUGAAUCCCUCAAAAUAUGAUAAGUUAAGAGGCAAAAAGAGUAGAAAGGGAACGUCAGGCGUAUAUCAAGUACCGCUGUUCAGUAACCCUUUUAAUAACGAGCAAUCUAUAAACAGCGAAUUGAAUGAUUUCUUGAAUGAAGAACAUGAAAGAGAAUUUGAUAAUCUUCUGGCAAACAUAUCUACUUCAUGGAUAAGAAGAGUGAAAGACUUCAAAACGAAACGACACGCUGAUUUCAAGAAAAAUUUUGCAUACAUUUGGGGUAAUCUUGAUUUCUCUAAGCUUCCACCGGACGCCAACAAAAAUGUUAAGGCAUUUGUUGAACAUCCUUUCCUAUCGAACUUAAUCAUGGAAAAUGUCGAUGUAGAAAUUGCUAAACCAUCAUGUGGAGCUCAAGGUGUUCCAGAUUUCAUACAUACAGUCGGUAAAGGUGUUCCUAAAGACACUAAAUAUUCAAUAAUGAUACCUAUGUAUAUUGAUGCUAAGUUUAGCGAGGUAAGAUGGCAUUUACGUGAUUAUCCACUUCCAUUUAUAAACGUUCCACCCCUAAGCCCAUCUCAAUCCAAAGAACGUCAGGCUUUAAGGGUUCAUGGUGACCUUGUAAUCUGUGAAGACUUGGUAAAGUCAGAUCAUGAAUUAAGAGCAGUUUUUGUUCCAUUAGUCCCAUCAAUCGUUCUCGAAAACACAGACCGUUAUUAUUCAUUAUUAGUGCCAAGAACAGUGACAAGCUUAAAGUUUUAUACUGACUUGAAGUUCGACAUUUUCUCAAAGGGAAUUACACAAAUAAAUAUAGGGUCUUCGUAUCAACCAGCAAUCCAACAGGUAAUGCAAUGCUUGGAGAACAUCUCCAAACCCCCAUUAGAUCCAUCUAAAAAGACCGGUUUUUGGGAUAAAGCAAGAUAUUUGUUUCAUGGUCGUGUAAACAUAUCAUGGAAAAGCAAAGCAAGAUUCGAGGUGGCAUUGAAGGGCUCCAAAAGUCCUUAUAAAAUUUCAGGACGACACGCCGGUUUUAUUGUUGGGUUUGGGGGUACAGUUAAUUUGAACUGUAAUGAAGAUGACAAAGAUCCGAAAAAGUUUUUAUCAUGUUCUGCGGAUGAAAUGUACUUCAGUAUUCCAAAUUUUUUGGCCAAGCCAUUAUUAGUGUGGUCAAGACCAAGUGAGCAGUCAGUGUUUUUUGCAAACAAAAACUAUACCAAUCUUCAGGAAUAUGCUUCUUUUUAUUAUCUGCUUAAUAAUGAAGCAGCAAAAAAUGAGUCUAGGGAAAUUCUUAAAAUGAGUGCCGCAUACAUUGAAAAGACUGGCAUAAAAAUAACAGGUGGAAUGCAGUUUAAUCUGGGUAUAGUAUUUGAAAGACUAAUAAGUGGAAAAAAUGAGAGAACUUUCGACUUCAGAAAGCAUUAUGAUGUUAGGCUUACAAAUCCAAUUUAUGUAAAAGACAAGGGAAGCCACGAUUCAUACGCAAAUUUCAGAAGUCAGUUUAUCCAUAUGUCCUUUACUCUUCUAUCGAAAUCUGAUAGUGCAUAUAAUGCUAUGCAACUCAGCCCAACUUCUCUUGGAGUUUUCUUUGAUUGGUGGAAGACAUUCAGCGGCAAUUUCCCUGUCAGAAGAGGUAAAUUGUUUGAUUUCCGGGCAAAUGCCCCUAAAUUUGGAGAACACUUGUAUACCAUCUCGUAUCAUGCGGAUGUUAAACCUCUAUUUAUAACACACAUGGUUCAUAAUACCGAUGUUGAUCGCUUCCCAAGAAAGAACUUCUCCAAAUUUGUGGAAUUCACAGGUGUGAAGGGGAGGGCGGCACAUUUUAUUCUUGAUUUACACCAAAGGAAAGAGGUCUUAACCGCCUACAACAAGGAAAUGAAUGUUAGAAAGAAAGUACAGAAGCUGAAAUUUUUAGAAGGGGAUGUUAUAUUACAUGGAAUUGAUAUCAGAGUUAUACGCGGAGAACUUGAAAGACUAAAAUAUGUUGAACAAAAGGAAGAUGCUCGCUACAAAAUCUUCGAUAAUGAUAUGGCGUGGCUUGACCUAACAGAUUUUAAGGAAGCCUUCUUUAUUGAUCCUGAACUCUACUUGCCGAAUAUCGAAAUAAAGCCCUUUGCAUACGCACCUAGAUUUAUCUAUCAAAAGCGUGCAAGCUAUGGGGAUAAGUUUCAAGUUAAUCCUAACACAUAUGAACCUAUCAAACCAUUUAGGAACGAUAUAUCGCACGCGUGUGUACUGGGACAACGAGUCGACAUUCCGUCAGAAACUUUGGACAAUAGAAUAAGUCAACUAAGUGAGUUCCGGUCGACUUGGGAAACAAGGUUGGAUGAGGAAUUAAUGAAGCCUUCUAAUGAGCAAAAUAAAUUGAAAAUAAAAGACUAUGAAACGUUAGUACACAAAGCUAAAGUGUCUUUAGAGAGCGUCGACCUACUAUUAGAUGAUUUAAGUGCCUUAUGUUAUGAGCGCGAUGUCUCAACAAGCGCUCAAAGAACUUACACUAUGCCUACGGUACAGCUUCUAGACAGAUCUUCCGUUACCAAGAAGUCUUUUGAAAAUAGAUACUUCAUUAUCAAUAUGUUACUAAAAUGGAAUGAAUCUGUACGUGAUGUUAUUUUCAGAUACAUGUACCUUUUAACUCUUUCAAAUGAAUUUGCAUCCUUAGCUUCACAGAAGACACUCCACGUUUUUGAAGAUAUGUUGCAGCACAAGACAUCGAGUGAAUGGAAACCAGGCAUGCAACCUGCAAAAGAGAAACCAAUAGAAAAGAAAACGUUCAAAAAUAAUUUCAACGAUUACCCAAACAAAACUCCAGAUAUAAAAACAAUAUUUGAAAUGUUUGAAAAUGAGUUAUUGGAAUUGCCAGUCACUCUCGAUCAUAUAAUUCAUAAGAACAAUUUCAUUCAGUUCAUUAUUCCACAAAUCCAAUUAACUACAGAGGAUGAUCCUGACAGCUGUGUUAUAGUCACGGCACCUAACGUAAUAUCACAGAUGAUCUCCUUUGAGCCAAAACUAUUUGAAAAUAUUUAUUAUCAGGAUAGAUUUAUGAAACGAAAUGGUCUGAUAGCAAAUAAUGCAAAUGCCUUUAUUUUCAAUAAGCAAAAUUUCAAGAACAAAUAUGAGCUAUUCUUUGACAUGAGCUCUUAUGGUCAAGUAAAGGGAGCCGAAUGGCCGCCAUGGUUGGGUGUGGAAAUAGGCUUUCAACCAGAUCAGCUAGAAUCUGAUAUGCUGAUCAAAGACUUUUCCACAAUGAUAAAAUUGCAAAAAAUUUCACAAUUUUCAAGCGUUUAUGAAAUUAUAAAGGAUACCCUCCAUAAUGAAACAACUGGAUUUUUACCUAGAAUUACCCUUUCUGUAACCUCCAAAGAGUUUGCUGCAGUCUAUAAAAUGAUUACCAAUUUGAUUCUAUUUUAUAAGGAUACUGAAAAGGUUGAAUUGAAUCACAAGAUAGAAAAACUUUCGAUUGGAUAUGAUAUUAACAAUAUUCCGAAGUUAAAACGGUUGAUGCACGAUUUAUGCACCAAUCAGUAUAGAUUAAAGUUGCUUGAAAAUAAGUACGUAUUCAGAAGAAAUCUUUUGGAUGAGGUCGAUACUGUGGAUUACAUCAACAUAUAUCACGAGAGAAGAAAUCAUUUGCUAAGACUCUAUAUGCUUUCAAAGAUUUUAGAAUCAAACAGUAGUGCCAUUAUGGACACGUUAUAUGAAAAUGAAUAUUACUAUAAUGAUUCCAGUGAGAGGAGUAAAACAACGAACUUCAAAAUCAGUGAGAUCAUACUCCAUCUAAUGAAUGAUAAUGACGGAGCAUUUGAUGGGACAACAAAAAUUCCUUUCUUAGAUAUUGCCAUAGCCAAUUUAGACUUUUCUAAGAAAGAGUUAGGAGACGGGUUCAACUCAAACAGGUUACUUGUUCAAAUGAUGCAAGUUUUUAAUCUCGAGAUACCUUCUGCUUAUCACAACUUGAUUGGGCCCUAUUUUGGCGAAAGCAAGAAAAGGAAGAUGACUACAUACGAUCCCUCACCUCUUAUUGACAUUAAGUGGGAGUUGAAUAAUCCAGUAGGAGGUAUCAGAGUCAUAAAAUUUGCUGAAAGUAAACUGGCUGGUCUAAGUUUACAUUUGGAAGAAGAAAUGUAUCAUAAAAUCUUGAAGUGGCUAUCUAUGGAAGAGUUAUUGAAAUCUGACGAACAAGAAAAAGGAGAAGAUGAUAAUGUUGAAGAAACAGAUGAAAAUAACAGCGAUACGAUUAGCAACAUGAUCAUAUCAGAAAUUGAUAUUGUUGCAAAAGGAUCCAAUCCUGACUUCAAUGAGAUGAUUCACAGGUCUACGGAUUAUAUGAUUGUUGAGCAAAUGGUAAUAAAUAAUUUCAAACUGUGCAUUAGUUAUAAAGGCAAGGGUAAGAGAAGGUUAGUAAACGUUUCCGAUUUCGUGUUUACCUUCCCCCAUUUAGUUUUUUCAAAUCAAACGUUAAGGUUCAAGGAUAUAUUGUUAACAAUAAGAAAAGUGUUGAUAAAGGUGUUAUUGAAACACACCGGUAAAUUCAUUGGAAAUAAAUUAAAAAGUUCGUCCAGCAGCUCAAUUCGACAAGAAAAUGGUGUAAAAGGACCUGCUUUACGACAACUAGCCGAAUAUCGCACAUAUACUAAAGUAGAAGACCUUUUGUAA